UAUGCCAAGGUACAUCAGGCGAUAUCCGAAACCAGCGGCCCGAAGCUCAAAGAGGUGCACCAUGGACUAUUUUGGACUUGACGGCAUCGACCCGGCUUUUUGGAACUACAGCUUUCCCGAUAACUACACGUGGCCCGAGUACGAGUACGAGGAGGAGGAGGAGGAGGAUUGGCUGAUGCACCGAUUGCCGCCGGCGUCCAUCUUGGCCAUAGUGAUCUACGUCGCCACCUUCCUGGUGGGCGCCCCCGGCAACGCCGCCGUCAUCUGGGUGGCGGGCUGCAAGAUGAAGCAGACGGUCAACUCCGUGUGGUUCCUGAACCUGGCCGCUGCCGACCUGGCCUACUGCUGCUCGCUGCCCCUCCAGAUCGCCAACGUCGCCACGGGCAACCGCUGGCCGGCCGGCCGACUGCUCUGCAAGCUGAUCCCCUCGGCCAUCGUCCUCAACAUGUCCGCCAGUGUCUUCCUGCUGACCGCCAUCAGCGUCGACCGCUGCCUGGCCAUCACCAGGCCCGUCUGGUCCCAGCGCCGGCGGACGGUGGGUGGUGCCCGGGCGGCUUGCGCCGGGGCCUGGCUCCUGGCCCUCCUGCUCUGCCUGCCCACCCUCCUGCACCGCCAGGUGGUCAGCUACCCGGAGCUCGGCCUGUCCAUCUGCUCGGUCGACUACGGCCGGGCACCCUUCGGGGAGGGGACCAAGCGGGUGGUGGAGGCCAGCCGGGCCCUGGUGGCCUUCGGCCUCCCCUUCCUGCUCAUGGCGGCCUGCUACCUCCUGAUAGCCCUUAAGGUGCGCGGCGCCAAGUUCACCAAGUCCCGGAAGCCCGUCCGCCUCAUCGCCGCCGUGGUGCUGGCCUUCUUCGUCUGCUGGCUGCCCUACCACCUCUUCGGCCUGCUGCAGGCCUUCGCCCCCCACCCUGCCGUCUUCGCCUGGGACCACGCCGCCGUGGGCCUGGCCUCCCUCAACAGCGCCCUCAACCCCCUCCUCUACGUUUUCAUGGGGCGGGACUUCCGCCAGCGGCUCAGGCGCUCGCUGGCCACCUCCCUGCGCCAGGCCUUCAGCGAGGACCUGAGCCAGUCGGUCGCCAGCUCCAGGCUGAGGUCAAGAUCCAGCGUCGAGAACAAACUCUGAGGGUCGCGGGCGCUGCUUUGGCCCCGGUUGCUGUGCUCACGGUGCAAUAUUAACCCCACCAGCCAAUCAUUCUACAUUAUUCCUUUGGCGUCGCAUUGUCCAUUCUCGAUCCCAUCUCACUUGAGAGCGCAGUGACCUGAAGGCACCUGUUCAUAUUGGAAAAGAUCAGUUUGGGUAGGGAGAACGUGGAGAGACCAUAUAAGAUAAAGGGGCACAAUUCUAAAGGGGGUGCAGGAACAGAGAGACCUAGGGGUAUAUGUGCUCUUUUAGUCAAACAGAUUAACAUAAAGAUAACAGAUUAACA